UAUUGCUGUCACAAGUAGGACUCCACAAACACAGGUACACUUCCCAUCUUGGGAAUGUCUGGUGCAGCGGAUCUGAUGAGCUGAAGCUGUUUGUCGCUGGAUGGCAGAAGUGGCCUCUAGUUGAAGACAGAUGAAGCUGCAGCUUUGAUCUGCUGUGUGGGAAACGGACAGAUGCUAGUCAGCAAGCUAGUUUAGCUUUAAACUAACAUGGAUAUCUAAAGGGAUUGGCAGUUUAGAUUCUAACAGCGACCUAAUAAAAACAUGAUCAGGAUGAACGUAACGGUAGCUAGUAAAAUAUCUAAACAAACUGGAGCAGCGCUAGCAUGUAGCAUGUCCCCUUAGAGGAGUAUCAUACGUUAGACCCAGCUAGCGGUUGCUAUGAAGCUAGCUAACUACAGAGCGCUAACAUUAAAUUAGGUUGCACCAGUUCAAAAUAGAAUGCUUUGACAAUCAGUAUUUUUUCAGCUGACGUUAUUUAAGGCGUAUUUAUAUAUAGUAUAUAUUUCCUGUAAACCUCUGAAGUAAUCUGUGGUAUUGUCAUUGGGAAUCAUCUGUCACUAGGGCCGUUUUUCAGUGGAAUAAAACGCAAUUUUUUAAAAUUUUGUUUCUUAUGUAUACUGUGUAGAAAGGUGAUUUUAAAAACAGAUUGAUAAUAUGUGUAGAUCUAUACGGGUAGAUAAAGUGGUGAUUCAUCCAAACCGGUCGCUCCUCCUACACUGACAGCCUGAGCUAGUUAGUUAUAUUCAACUAGGUUUGUAUCCUGCUCCAAAGAGAGGAACUGCUGACUGCAGGAGAAUGAACCAUGGUUCGUUUCACCACCUCAUCCACUGCAGUCAGGAUAAAGACUUUUAACAGCUCUUUACUGCAGCAGCUCAGAGGACAAGCACAGCACCGGCGACCUGAUUUCUCAUGAUCAGUACAGUAAUGUCUGAACCAGGGCUUAGUUUCAUCGUAGGUUUAUCUACAAAAGAGCCAUAAAAGGUUUGACCUUAAAGUACAAGUACAGUUACAUGUCCAAGACAAGAUGACGAUGGAAAACUCGACCAUUAAAAAUCGGAUUAAAAACCUUCUCCGAUCUCCUUCGAUCAAACUAAGGAGAAAUAAACCGAGGAACAACAAGGAGAACCUAGGAAAUAAGGUGACUCUUGAAAAGGUUUUGGGAAUUACUGCUGCGGGAAACCGUGCCUUGGCCUGUGAACCACACUCUGGUUUGGUAGCAUACCCUGCAGGGUGUGUGGUGGUGCUCCUGAACCCCAAGAAGAAUAAACAGUAUCAUAUUCUCAACAACUCCAGGAAAACAAUCACCACUCUAGCUUUCUCACCAGAUGGCAAAUAUGUCGUCACAGGAGAGAGUGGUCAUAUGCCAGCAGUGCGUGUGUGGGAUGUGGUGGCAAGAACUCAGGUGGCAGAACUACAGGAGCAUAAGUAUGGAGUGUCCUGUGUAGCUUUCUCCCCCAACAGCAAGUACAUCGUCAGUGUAGGCUACCAGCAUGACAUGAUUGUUAACGUCUGGGCCUGGAAGAAAAAUGUGCUGGUGGCUGCCAAUAAAGUCUCCAGUAAAGUGAUGGCCGUGUCGUUUUCAGACGACAGCUCCUACUUUGUCACAGCAGGGAAUAGACAUGUCAAGUUUUGGUAUCUUGAUCACACCAAGGCUUCCAAGGUCAAUGCAACAGUGCCCUUACUGGGUCGUUCUGGGUUGCUGGGUGAGCUCAGGAAUAACUUCUUCAGUGAUGUGGCUUGUGGCAAGGGCCGGAAGGCCAGCAGCACUUUCUGCAUCACCUCCUCUGGCCUGCUGUGUGAGUUCAAUGAAAAGAGGCUGCUGGAUAAGUGGGUAGAGCUUAGGAAAAACGACAAUAUUACAACUAGCUUAGCUACUGCACUGUCUGUCACUGAAGAUCUGAUAUUCUGUGGCUGUGCUGAUGGAACUCUGCGAGCUUUUAACCCGGUCAACCUGCAUUUCCUCUGCACUCUGCCCCGCCCACACAGCCUGGGCACUGACAUCGCCACCAUCACUGACGCAAGUCACCUCUUUGCAUACAAGUUGGAUGCUCGGUACCCUGACACAGUGGCUGUCUCAUAUGACCCCACCAACCGCUGGCUGUCCUGUGUUUACAACGAUCAUAGUCUGUAUGUCUGGGAUGUUCGUGACCUCCACAAAGUGGGAAAAGUUUACUCUGCCCUGUAUCAUGCCUCAUGUGUGUGGAGUGUAGAGAUGUAUCCACAGAACAGUGAGAGCGAUCGAGCUUGUCUCUCUCCAGGAUCGUUCCUUAGCUGCUCUUCUGACAAUACCAUUCGCAUUUGGAACACAGACGGAUACAAUGCUACAGUGAAGCGUAACGUUAUCAGCAAUGACCUCCAGAAAAUAAUUUAUAUAGACAAUAAUGUCACUGCUUUGUUGGACCCAGACUGCACCAUCUCCAACAAUUCAGAGAAAGCUGAUCCACAGACCUCAGAGAACAGGACUGGCAUUAGGACCAUGUGUGUCAGCCCGGACGGUCAGCACCUGGCAUCAGGGGACCGCAAUGGAAUACUAAGGAUCCAUGAGCUACAGAGCAUGGAGGAGAUUCUGAAUGUGCAGGCCCAUGACUCCGAGAUCCUAUGUCUGGAAUAUUCAAAGCCAGAGACAGGCCUGAGGCUAUUGGCCACAGCAAGCAGAGACAGGCUGAUCCAUGUUCUUGAUGCUCAGUGUGAGUAUGGUCUGGUGCAGACACUUGAUGAACAUUCCUCCUCCAUCACUGCAGUGCGGUUUGCUGCAAACGAAGGCAAAAUCAGAAUGAUCAGCUGUGGUGCUGACAAAAGUAUCUACUUCCGCACAGCACAUAAGACAGAUGAAGGAAUCAUGUUUACACGCACCCACCAUAUUGUGAGGAAGACUACUCUGUACGAUAUGGAUAUUGACCCCCUGCGCAAGUACGCUGCUGUUGGCUGCCAGGACCGUAGCAUCAGGAUCUUUAACAUCAGCAAUGGCAAACAGAAAAAAAUAUAUAAGGGCUCUCAGGGGGAGGAUGGCACCCUCAUUAAGGUCCAAAUGGAUCCAUCUGGGAUGUACGUGGCUACUAGCUGCUCAGACAAAAGCAUCCACAUUUUUGACUUCUACACUGGGGAGUGUGUAGCCACCAUGUUCGGGCACUCAGAGAUUGUCACUGGGAUGAAGUUUACCAAUGAUUGCAAGCAUCUGAUAUCAGUGUCAGGGGACAGCUGCAUCUUUGUGUGGAGACUAAACCCAGAGCUGACCAUCAGUAUGAGACAAAGACUUUCUGAUCUUAAACAGAAGAGCAAACCUGUACAGAAAAGCCCCCCUGUCAAACAACAUUCAGUCAGCAUUAGGAAAGAUGUGCACAGUGCUCCGGCUGUGGGCACUAUGUUCCUAGACAGUGAUAAAGAGCCGGAGGAAGAAGAGGUUAUUGAAGAGGAGGAUGAAUACAAUUUUCCUCACCGAUCUUCUGGCAGCAGCACUGGAGAAGAGACUGGAUCAUCAGAGGAGAAGCAUGACUCCAUACCAGAGAUGAGAAAUAUUUCUGAUAGCAGUACAGCAGGUGAGAGCUCUGGUCCAAGGCAAAGGCGACGCUGGUCCAGGCGUCUAGGCAGUGCGGAUUUGAUGGUGAAGUCCAUGCUGGACCUGAGGCAGCUGGAGACAUUUGCUAAGUCCCCAGUUGUCAACCGAGAGACUGUGCUGCAUCCAGAUCUGGAUCUUGGCAGUACCAUCAGUCUACAGACCAUUGCUGCAUGGGUGGAGGAUCCAGAAGUGCAGGUCUCGCCUGUCCCAAGAGGACACACACGUCCUCAGUACAUCCCACUUUCACCUCAGACACCAGACACAGAUGCUGUGGUGCUUUACCCUGAUGGCUGUGAGGACAGAGUGAGCCUGGCAGGCAGUGAGUACCAGGUCAAGAAGUUAGCCCAUGAUACGAGAUUGCCUAAAGGAAACUCGUGUCCUGAGAAGCAGAGCCCUGACAGCGCAUGCUCAAUGGAUUAUUCCAACAGCUGUCUGUCUAGCCCAGAUCAGCCUGGAGAAGACUCUGAACCCACUGAGCCACUGAGCGUGGAUGGAAACUCAUCUGAGCUGGACAUGGAAGACCUAGAAGAGGAAGAGGAGGAGCGCCUGAGGAAGACUGAGAUCUGUAGCUCUGUGCAUCAGACACCAGACCAGGAAGUCUUCCUCAAAGAAAACUUUGCAAACUUGUCAGACUUCAACACCUCAGGAAGUACUAAUUGUCCUCUUCAGCCAGCAAUCACUCACAGCAUUUCAUCAAAGUUUCUCACUGGUUCCACUGGCUGCAGGCAGGCAUUUGUUAGCACUUCAAGCAAAACUACUGAGAGUAAGGUUGCUAGUGAAUUGAUGCAUCUCCCAGUUUCUGAGGUGCGCCCACUUAUGGAGGACAGAAAACAGAUCAGCCUGCAAGAACUCCAGAGCCGUGAGAGGCCUACUGUUCUGCACUUAAGCCCUGAGAAGAAACACAUCCAUGUAGAACUUUCUACUGAUUUUCUGGGUUCCUCAGCUGGUAUGAGGAAAGCCCAGUCCAUCCACAGCAUCUCUUCAGAGGCUGAUUUGCCUCAGACAUCAAUACAUCUUUCAAAGGAGGUUCCCCCUCAGCCUCUGACUUGCGAGCGUGCUCCACCAUCCACACUGCGCCACACACUUCCCAGUGAACCUCUCUCAAGCACGACAGCUACCCAACCAAGGGACUGUCCUACACCAACUAAGUCCAAACCACGCUCAUACAUGAGCCCUACCACCAGUUCCAAAGCCAAGAUGUCACGCUCCGUGUCCAUGAGUGACAGCCUGAAUGUGAAUGAGCCCAAUGAAGUAACUGCAGGCUCAGACACCCACCGAGGCUCAGCAUCAGAAUCUUACAACCUUCGCAGUUCUUCUCGCAGCAAACCCUCAUCACCUGUAGUCCCAUUGCCCCCUUCAUGUAUUGGGUCUCCCUCCCGUGGUGCUGUUGUACCCACCAUAAGUGGUGCUGCCAAUCCUAACUCUUCUAAAGGCAUCCAAGCCAAAUUACCCAGCAGUGCCCGUCCACAGCUACACCUGGACAUCACAAAACCUCUCCCAGAUAAGCCAUCCAUGGCCUCCUUUUCUCCUACCAGCAAGAAUUCCAAGCUUGGCCAUCUUGGUAACACUACUCCAGUAAGUGUAGCACCCCUUCCAGGACCAGAGCAGUGUCAUUCCAGCAACAUGCAGCCAGUCACAUGCUCAGUCCCUACUGCCACCAGCCCACUGGAGCAACAGGAGCUAAAUACUGAUCAGUCUGAAGAGCCAAAGAAGAUCCAAGAAAAACAGAGUACAGAGCUGGAGGAGACUCAGACCAAGCAGGCAAUUCAGAAUCAGGGAAGCACAGUUUGUCUGCAGGCCGCCAGUCGAGCCCAGGAUUCAGAUGCAUCUCUCAGUAUGGAGUCAUGCAAGCUUGCAGCAAGUGAACUUCAAAGUAGUUUUAAAAAGGCAUUCCACUUCUACAGGAUGCUGAGUUCCACAGACCAGAGGCAGGAGCAUCAGGAGAUGGCUCAGGUGUUGACUGAGGCAUUUGAUGCAGUACAGGCUGGGUUGAACUCCUUGCCACGUUCUGUAGAAAGCUACUCUGACUCCAGCAGCAGCAGCUCUGCGUGUGUGCUGGGCAGUGGGGCAGGUGUUGUGAGUGAGGAACGAACAUUGGCAUUGUUGGAGCAGUAUUCACAGCUUCUCCUCAGAGCUGUGGAGAAGAAGAUAGACAACAAAUUCUGACAUUCUUUUCUUUUCUAAUAAUUACAACAUUCAGGCUGAGGCCGGAUCCCAAGCCAUGACUCAGAAGAAGAUUCUUUUAAGUGAAAUUUUUUAAUAAGUUUUUUUUUUUUUUUUAAACCACUAAUGAUUGAAGUGUGGACUUCCCUUCCUUUUGCUUAAACACUACCAGCACAGAUGGACAGUCUCAGUGUGACAGGCAUGGCCAAAUUGCACUAUUGACUAAUCUCAUCGGCCUACCUCCCUUUUUAAUGUGUUAUUACAGCAAUCGUAUAGUCUACACUUCACCUCAUUGCCAAAAUAAGGUGUCCUUUUACCUGUUAUUGGUAUACUGUAUCUGGAUAUUUGUGUGUCAGAGCAAUGACUGGUUAAACCACUAAGUAAAUGGACUGAUCAUCGAAUGGCUUGUAUGUGUAUAAAUGAGAAAUGGACUCUCAGCUCCAGUUUGGCUAUCAUCAAGAUAGAGAUGAACUUAUUUUGCUGACCCUCAAGAAAAUGUGAACUUUUUCUCUUUCUAAAGCAUUCAAAGAUAAUCCAAAUGUUUG